UGUCAGUUUCCCAAUCUCAGAAUUAGCGAAUGUCGUCAAAACUACUAAAUUGUUUAUAAAUAAUUCACAAAGGCUUCUUUGUUCGUAGACUACACACAUUAGUUAUAUAUCAGUUAAGCUUAAAUAUAGUCAGUGAAGUUUCUUUUUGAUAUAAAUAGUAAUUUUAAUAUCGCAACAUUCCUUGAUACAUUGUGAAAGUUGUAUAACCAUAAUGAGUGAUUCUAAAUCUUAUGUUAAUUUCUCGUGUCAGCGAUGUCUUCAGCCUCUGAAGCUCGAUGAGUCUUUGAACAAUCUUGGAGAACAUACUAUCGCCGAUUUAACACUACAGAUCCGUCGUAAUAAUGAGGUGGAUUUGAAUUUACAAUCAUCUAGUUUAGAGCAUUAUGUCCCUCCCUUUCGUAUGUUAGAUUCAGGAAAUGGAGCAAAUGGGUUCAUGGUGAUCUCCGACGGGUGGGAAACUACAUCUUUGGGCCACCAGUUACAUGUGAAAGCCACUUUAUUUGAUCUAUUGUCUAACAACUCAGAUGUAGACCAUCCAUUAUGUGACGAAUGUACCGAUACUCUGUUAGAACUUAUGGAUAAUCAAUUAAAAAUAACGGAAGCAGAAUGGAAGGAUUAUAAUGAUUAUUUAAAAAAGCUGGAGGAUGAUAAAGAGGAUCUGAAUUUGGAAGGUCUCGAAAAAGAAUUAGAAGAUUGGAAGCAAGAAGAGGACAGACUCUUGCAAGAGUUAUCUGCAUUGCAAAAAGAGGAGAAGGCAAUGAAAGAUGAAAUAGAUGUUCAGGAAAAAGAGAAAGAGAGGCUGGAACUUGAACAGGAUAUAUAUUGGAAGGAAUACACUAGAUAUAGAAAGGAUUUAAUGACCACAGAGGAUCAAAUGAAAUUCUACGAAUGUCAAUUAUCUUACACACAAGCACAGCUUGAAAAAUUAAAGAAAACAAAUGUAUUUAAAGCUACGUUCCACAUAUCAGACUCAGGUCAGUUUGGUAUCAUCAACAAUUUCAGACUGGGCCGAUUACCAACUGCACCCGUUGAUUGGUCUGAAAUAAAUGCUGCGUGGGGACAAACAGUACUGUUGUUAUCAUCAUUGGCACGGAAAAUAAACUUCUGUUUUCAGCGAUACAGGCUUGUUCCGUAUGGCAAUCAUUCAUACAUCGAGGUGCUGGAGGACCAGAAAGUACUGCCAUUGUAUGGGUCGGGGGGUUUUCGAUUUCUGUGGGACACAAAAUUUGACGCAGCCAUGGUUGCAUUUCUAGAUUGUCUCCAGCAAUUCAAAGAACAGGUUGAGAAGGGAAAUACUGGGUUUUGCUUGCCAUAUAGAAUAGAUAAAGGUAAAAUUGAAGAUACUGCUUCUCCUCCACAUGCAUAUUCUAUUAAAAUACAGUUUAAUUCAGAAGAGCAUUGGACAAAGGCACUUAAAUAUAUGUUAACAAAUUUGAAAUGGGCUUUGACAUGGAUUUCAUCACAGUUCAGUGAGGAUAAGGUUGAAUGACAGUUAUUUUAGUGUUAAUCUGUGAUAAAUUAGUUUUAUUAUGUUAUCUGUAUUCCAAUAAAGAAUUAGUUAUAAUGUC